CCUUGGCGCCAAUUCAUUUCAACUACCAUAAUCUCUGGGACUCCAAGGCUCGCAUUCGCAGCGCAACUGGGCCAGAGCUCACCGUACAAAUUUCAAGGGUUUCUUUCUUGUUUUCUUUACAAGUGAUCAAAUUUUAGAAAUGCAGAAGCUAGGGUUUCCAACAAUGAGAAGCUUGGAUCAUUUGAAGUCGCUUACCGGAUCGGUCUCUGGAACUGCAAAGGCCUUCUCCUUCUCUUCCCGCCAGCCUACAGAUUCAAUAUCUUCGGGAAGUUUCACGAAUUUGAAGAUCACUGCAGAGAAACUGGUGAAAGAACAAGCUUCCGUGAAGACUGAUCUAGAAAUGGCGAACAAUAAACUGACAAAAUCGAUGGAGCACAUCCGUGCGUUAGAAGAAAAGUUGCAAAAUGCGUUUAAUGAAAAUGCUAAGCUUAAGGUGAAACAGAAAGAGGAUGAGAAGCUGUGGAAUGGCUUAGAAUCUAAAUUUUCUUCUACGAAAACACUGUGUGAUCAACUCACUGAAACUUUAAAGCAAUUAGCCAGUCAGGUUCAUGAUGCUGAGAAAGAUAAGGAGUUAUUUGAAGGCAAACUGUCUGCAAAUGCAAAUGUUCUUGAUGAUUUGAACAGACAAAUGAAUGGUCUGUCUUUGAAAUUAGAUUCUGCAGGGGAAACUAUUAAAAAACGUGAAAAGGAGCUUGAAGAACUCAGAAUUGAGAAAGAAGAAAUGGAUAAGUUUUACAGAGAUGAACAGUGCAGAACGACUAAUCUCAUAGAAGAAAAAGAUGCCAUGAUAAAGAACUUUGAAACAACUGUAGCAGCUAAUAGAUUGACUGCAGAAAGCUUGAACUCUAAGUUGAGUGAUGUGAAGCUUGAGUUGAAGUUAAAAGAAGAUCAUAUUAAUCAAUUGCUAACCCUGAGGGACAACCUGGAGAAAGAAAAGAGUGAUGUUCAAUUGCUGAAGGAGGACCUUGUUAAAAGAUUAGAUGCGUCCUUCCUUGAGAUAAAGAAUCUUGAAGAUCUCAUUCUUGUGUUCAGUUCACUAUUGGUUGAAGUGGAUAAACAAAGUUUGACCUUUUUAGAUAAGUUUGAUCAGCUUAACUCUCUUUACAACUCUUGCUUCAAGUUGGUUCAGGAGGAGAGGGACCUUGCUAACAAGCAUGCUAAGAGACAGUACGAUCAACUUAAUGAUAAGUUCUUACUCAUAACAUCAGAGAAGAAUGCAUUGCAAUUGGGAAAUCAGGACUUAAACAAGAAGGUCAUUGAACUUCAGAAAGUUCAAGAGUCUAUCAUGGCACAGCUUUCUGAGGAAGGCAAUGUAGCCAGGGAGAGGAUCCAGAAAUUGGAGUCUGAAGCAGAAAGUCUGGUCUCAAAGAAGAUUGAGUCAGAGAAAUUGAUUUCCAAAUUAGAAUUGCAAGUUGAUAUUCUUUCAGAAAGUUCAAGAUCAUCAGAGAAAAAACUGCAAGAACUACUGCUAAAAAUUUCAGCAUUAGAAAAUGAAAAUAAUGAUAAUACAGAAAAAUUUCAAGCGGAGAUGCAGAAAAAAGUGGAUGAAAUGGAUAUUCUGCAAAAAGAGGGAGAGAAACGAGAGGAGCACAUAGACUUACUGGAGAAACAAGUAAAGCAGCUUCGUAACAUCAUAGAGGAAAAGGAGCGACUCAAUUUGCAAUAUAAAGAACGAGAGACAAAGCUGGAAGAACAAUUUACAGAGAAUCAGGUGUUGUUGACUACAGCUGAAAGUAGACUAGCAGAAGCUAGAAAGCAAUAUGAUGCCAUGUUGGAAAGUAAACAACUGGAAUUAUCAAGACAUUUAAAAGAAUUAUCUCAGAGGAAUGAUCAGGCAAUUAAAGACAUCCAGAAGAAGUAUGAGGCAGAGAAGUUGGAAAUUAUCAACAUGGAAAAGGAAAAGGUAGAAAACAUUACUGGAGAAUUGGAAGCAAAAUGUGAUAAAACAGUAGCAGAAUGUAAAGAAGAAUCAAGACAGUACCUGAUGCGUGUGCAGGAGGAACAUGCUUCUCUGGUAAGUCGUAUUCAGCAGGAUUAUGAUAGGAAAGAGCUGAGUCUUAAAGCCAAUCACAGUGAAGAACUAAAACAUUCUCAACUUCAAGCUGAAAGUGAACUGAAAGAGAGAAUGACAACACUGAGGAAGGAGUAUGAAGCGCAGAUGGAAACUUUGAGGUGUCAGCAUGAAGAUGAAUGUAGAAAGCUUCAAGAUGAGUUGGAUCUUCAGAAAUCUAAAGAGGACCAACAGAGGGCUUUACUGCAAUUGCAGUGGAGAGUGAUGGGUGAUAAACUACAAGAGGACCAAGAAGUAAACUCGAAAAAGGAUUACUCCGUUUCCUCAAUUCAUAUCAAGAAUUCUGCUGCUGCGAAAAGAAGUCAACAUACUUUAGUAAGACCUGAGAAUGAAGAGAAGGAUUCUUCAUACUUGAGAGCAACACAAACGCCAGUAUCAAAGUUGUUGAAAAAAGUAGAGAAUCCAAGCAUGGGAAGUGUGUUGAGUAUUCCUAAACAUCAUAAAAAGGUUACUCAUCACGAAUAUGAAGUCGAAACCUCUAAUGGAAGGACAAUUACAAAGCGUAGGAAAACAAGGAGUACUGUCAUGUUUGAGGAUCCCAGAAAACGUAAAAGGAUUAGUACACCAAAAGUAAACACCCCCAGGAAUCUUAUCAAGGGAGCCAAGGAAGGAGCUCGUUUACCUCCUUCAAACCUAGGUGAUCUGUUUAGAGAAGGGUCUCUGGAUCCAUACGCAGAUGAUCCAUAUGCCUUUGAUUAGAGGAGAAUUUUCUUCUGUUCUUAACUGUGCCCCUCCGGCAGACGGGCAUUUGAUCUGACCAGCGUAGAGGAUUUGGAGUGCCGUUUUUUUUCAUUCCCUUUACUAUGUACGUAAGAUUUGCGAUAGGAUCCUCCAUUCUCGACUCUUCCGUAUAUAAUUGCUUCACGUGGAAGACGGAUUACGAUAAUUCAAACAUGUUCUUAUACUAGUAAAUGAACUAACGUUGAUUGAUAACUUUUUGGUCUCAAUAUGAGAUUUCUGCCUGCAGUGACCUCA